GUAUUAAAGGGACCGCGUUGAACUCUUCACGCCUCACACGUGGUUUGCCGUGGCGCGCCCCUGAUUGGGUGACGCGCGGAGCUCGCGGUGUUCACCGUGGCCGUGCUUAUGGUGGCGCUGGCUGCUGCGUCUCUGUAGCCUUGAAGCGAGUCGGUGGUAAUUAAGUUACCGGGAGGCUGACUCGGUGUGCACGUCGGUAUAGUGAGUGGGCUAGGAGCACGGUGAAUAUACAAGUGUGUAUGUGCGUGUAUACGCCAGAAGGUGUGGGGAGCGGCAGUGCAGCGGAAAACGACCCGAUUUAGAUUCCCGCUCACGGCCGACACCAGUGACGAUUAUCUGAACCGGUCCUGGGCCUCUCCGAGGUCGGCUCGGCCUAAAAUUAGUACCUGUUGCGGUGUAAAUAUCUCCGAGAGGGAGACAAAGGCGGCCGAGUGUUGUGCUGGCCACCCUCCCCCUCGUGUAACCGUGCCGACCGUAUGUGCUGCACAUACUUGUAUCUGUUUAGAUACGUGUAUAACAGAUGGGUAAGUAGAAGAGCGAGUAGAAGUGGGUAGGUGUAACAAGUAGGUGAGUAGGUACACGUGGAUCUACUUUUACAUGGGGCCACGGGGUCGAAGGCGGGGAGGCGGCACGGCUGGGCCCCACAGCCGGGCGCCUGCCUGGAAGGAGACUCGACACCGGGCGAGGGUGGAAGGGCCCCUUGAGGACAGCUUCGCCCACGACCUGCGGCUCGGCAACUCGGAGGCGGCGAGGGACGGCGAUGCUGAAGCGGAGGGCGACUCUGGCGCGUGCUUCGUCACGAAGAUGCCAUUCCCGCUGGCCAUGUGGGACCUUGGCCACUGCGACCCGCGGCGCUGCACAGGACGUAAGCUGGUGGUGAAGGGGCUGGUGCAGAGCCUGCGUCUCAGCCAGCGCUUCAACGGCGUGGUGCUGAGUCCUGUGGCCACGCGAUACGUCUCGCCGAGCGACAGGGAGGUGGUGGCGGCGAGCGGCUUGGCGGUGAUCGACUGCUCGUGGGCUCGCCUGGACGACACUCCGUUUGGGAGAAUGCGCGCGGGUAACCCGCGCCUCCUGCCCCACCUGGUCGCCGCCAACCCCGUCAACUACGGCCGCCCCUCCAAGCUGUCGUGCGUCGAGGCCUUUGCCGCGGCGCUGUGCAUUGUGGGUUUCCCCGAGCUGGCAGAUGUGCUGCUGGCACGGUUCAAGUGGGGACGCACCUUCCUGGUGCUGAACCGUGAACUUCUGGAGCUCUACGCGCAGGGUGGGGACGAGGCCGGCGUGCUGCGCGCGCAAAACGAGUGGCUCGACAAUGCCCGCUCUGAGACGCGCGACAACACUGAUAUGUUUGAUGUGGAUCUAAGCAAGGACUGCGUCAACCCAAAUCGACUGCCGAGAGAUUUUCCAGAGAGCAGCAGCGAGGAAGAGGAAGGCAGUGGAGAUGGUAACGAGGACGGUGAUGGUGAUGACAAGAGCGAGGGUGGUCAUGGUGACGAGGGUGGUGAUGGUGACGAGGGUGGUGAUGACAAGAGAAAGGGUAGUGAUGACAAGAGCGAGGGUGGUGAUGGUGGCACGAAUGAGCCAUCAAUUGAAAAGGAAAAGACAAAAUAAUAUUAAUAAAAAAAUCACCUUUUCAAGUCCUUGGGGGGGAAAAAAAAAUCUUAUUUUGUUUACAUUUUCUUAAGGAUUUAAUUUGAAGUGGAAAAGCAAUAAAAUAUUUCCAAAUUU